ACCCUGGACAAGUUGCCACCUCAUCGCAGGGCCAACACAGAUAGACAGACAACAUUCACACUCACAUUCACACACUAGGGCCAAUUUAGUGUUGCCAAUCAACCUAUCCCCAGGUACAUGUCUUUGGAGGUGGGAGGAAGCCGGAGUACCCAGAGGGAACCCACACAGUUUUUCAAAAUAGCCACUAGGAACAAGUCCAGCGAAUCUUUUCUGUCAUUAUCAGACAAUUUUGGAGACUAAAAUGAAAGCGUGUGCAGUAUUCUCGUGUCAACGUGGAGCAUGUAGGUGGCUUCAUGUUGAUUGGGACAUUAGAAAACACAAAAAGAAAGAUGGUUUGUAUACAUAUUGUUUUGCUUUCCAUGCAUCAUGGCCAAUUACGCAAAUUACAACAAAUUCAAUGGCAGAAUGACAUUAAAGUCCCCUCAGAAACACUGAUUAUUGUGAGUUAGUACAUAGAAACAGUGGAAAAUAACAGGAACUGUUUGAUAUUCUGUAGCCAUACAAGAGCUUCUAGAGAUCCUAUUUCUCCAAUGUUUGUGUUUACCACCACGAUAAUCCUUUUACCUGCUUCGAAGGUCACUGAUAAUGGUGCUUAAUCCCACUUUGUGAGCCCCUGCAGUGAAACGAUGGGCUAUAACAGGGAAGAAGGCCUUUGGAAAAUACUCCAGGUUCACCAAGUACAGAGUAGCCAUGAAACCCUGGGUCCUGGUCCUGUGGCUGCUGCUUGUGGAAGCAUGGAUACCACAGAGCCACAGUCAGCACUGGUCUUAUGGACUGAGCCCAGGAGGAAAGCGAGGACUGGACCAGCAGAUCAAUGUGCCUAAUGGCUUCCUGCAGCUGGACAAGCCUUGCAGAGUUUUGGCUUCUGGAGCGUUCUCAGCUUUAGCCACAAUUUGCCGGCUGAAAGGACUUCAUGGAGAUGUGGCUGACAGGAAAACUGAGCGCAGGACUUUUAAGAUCAUUUGA